UCCACAUCGGGACACGCCAGAACGCGGGUCGCCCACUCUCCCACACCCUCACGACUCGGCGGAGAAGAGUGACUUUACACGCUGAAAAACAAAAGAAGAAACUAAGUGAAUCUCCCGACUGAAUUGACUAUACCGCAUAAAGUGACGUAGAAAUUUGUAUUAAAGAAGCAGUGCAAUUAUUAGAAAGUUUUGGAAAGUGUGUCCAGGUAAAUUCUGAAUCCAGGUGAGUUAGGAAGUGGAAGAACGGGAAGAAAAAAAAAAAAGGAGCGGAAGCAGGGAAAGCCGUAUAGUGUCAUUGUCUCCUGCUGAGCGUGAGUGGGGUGGUGAUGGUGAGUGGGCGAGGACGGGAAGGUGAGGAAGAAGAGGAGACACGAGACAUCUGCAGCUGAGGCCACCGCCAUGUAUAAUGUUGUGAAGUAUCGGCGGGCGUCUGUGCUGCGUGGGGCGGGGCGGCGGUGGGCGUGGGGGCUGCGGGCGUGGGUGAGAGCCGUCCACUUCGCCCGCAUCGUGGAGGCCCGACUCAACCUCCUCAAGAUGGCCGCAACAGUCACCUGCUUCCUCGGCUUCCUCUUCUUCCUGCCCGCCCUCCUCUUCGUCUACAGCGCUAUCAAGUGCUGGCGUGCGGCGGUGGGGGCGUGGGCGGUGUGGGCGGUGGAGGGCGUGGAGGCCAUGGCGGGGGUGACGGUGCGCGGCGCCAUGGAGUCAGCGAGCAGCCCAGGCGUGCACACCCUUCUGCUGAGCUUGGCCGGCGCCCCGAGCCUCGCCCACAUGAGAGGAAAAAUAUUGGAGGAGGUCGUGGAGCGGCGGGAUGCUGGCGGGCGACUCCUGCACCCCAACCUGCAGCGGCGGCUAGGAAAGGCGGGCGGUUACAGCGUGUGGCUGCGGCACGACGCCUUCGACAUCAACCAACACGUGACCCUCGCGCCCGUGCACUACCAGAACCGCCUCCUCACCUCCAGGAACAUGCAGGAGUACGUGAGCGAGGUUGUGAGUCAGCCGCUGCCGCAGGACUUGCCGCCGUGGCAGGUGACCCUCAUCACGACGUGCGACGGAAGGAGUGGCGAGGGAGAGACGUGGGUGGUAGCUCGAGCCCAUCACCUGUUGGCGUCCUCACUCUCGCUGCCUGACCUGCUGGUGGAGGCCUACCCCGACCCCUGGCUGAAGCCCGGCUCGCGCGGCCUCUCCAUCCUCACCGCGCCGGCAGCCACUGCUCGCCUCGCUGAGGCUGUGGUCCGAGGCGUUACCCGCGUGGUGGAGAGGCUGCGCGUCGGCUAUACAUCGCGGGGCGAAAAGCUAAUUUCCGGUGUCUUGUCUCCUGCCCUUGCCCUGCUGGAAGAAGCAGCGCAGGCGUCGUGCAAGAUGGGGCCAGACGCUGUUCCUGUGGGCACCUCCGUCGUGUACCUCACCACCGUUCUGGCGAGGAGGGUGCAGACGCGUCUUGCCUGUGUGUGGGACGUGGUGAGGGAACGUCUCAGGGAGUUUUCAGUGCUGCGCGCGGGCUUCUGCUGUGCCCUCUGCGCCCUGCGGCUGCUGUGGCACUGUAUGGUGUGGCUGGCGAGACUGCCCCUGAGGCUGGUGAUGUGGUACUUUGAGGCGGCGAGUCUGGCGCGCCGCGUAGUCGCCAGCGAGGAGGUCAGCCUCGUGGUGGAGGCGACGGUGGAGAUGUACUGGAUGACACGCGCCUUCGUGUCCCUGCCGCGCCUGGUGCUUGAGACGCUUUGUGUGCGCGGAGACACGCCCCUCAUGGGCUGGACGGGCCACCACGAGCGGCGGCUGUCACGCAGGGGCUCGGGGCGCCAGGCGCGGGGCGGGAUCACCGUGGCAUGGAGUGACCCGGUACCGCUGAGCACUGUGCGGGGCGUGCGGGGAGUCACGGGCGCCUCUCUGGGCGAGGUGCUGUUGACUGCCUCGGCUGGCGCCGUGCGUGACUACCUGCGGGUGACGGGGCUGCCCGUGCCGGAGGAGGUCAGCAGCACGGUGCCCGUGUACUCCCAGAGGUGGGCGGAGGGCCGCGGCGAGGAGGUCAACAGUACUGGCUUGGUGACCCUCGCCCUCCCGACGGGGGCAGCCGAGGCCUCCACCGCCCUCAGGCUGGUGCGACAGUCUAUCAUGAAGAUUCAAAGCUACCCCGAACGAUACCUGGCCUCCGUGUGGCUCAUCAGGAACGUGGCGUACUUCCUGCCGGCGUCCCUGCUGGGCGCCACCUUCAGGGCACUGUCGUCCCGCUAUCCAGUCUUCCUGUCCAACCUGGCGGGGCCGCAGAAGCCAGUCACCCUCUGGGGCCACGACUUGCUCAACCUCUUCCACUGGCGGCCACCGUGUGAUGGGGCGGUGUUGUCCGUGUGUGUCACGUCGUACCGCGGACAGGCGCUGCUGGGCGUGGUGGCGGACGGGCGGGUGGUGCCCAGCGUGGCCUCGCUGCCCCAGGCCUUCGUAACUCACCUCAACGAACUGGCGGUGGAGGUCGGCGUCAGGCUCGAGCGCCGCCAGAAUUCCCACAGUUGGUUCCGCAGCGCCACGCCGCCACCGACGCCGCCGCCCACCCCGACCUUCAAGAACUCCCCCAUCAGGUUCUCCCCGCAGUGGAGCCAACGCAGACUGGUGCCGACUGGGGCGGCGGCGUGUGGGCGGAAGUUUUCAGUGGUCUGUCCUCCUUACUGACCUUCAAGACAAGCCGUUCCCAGGGCCACCUGAGGAUGUUCUGAGCCAACGAAUCAAAACACAACGAUCCGGAGCACUACGCGUCUACCUAACGCAUGACUGCCUGUACGAACGCUAUGCACACUCUUCCAUAACGUAUCGCUGAUAUUCAGUUUCCUGCGACUGCAUUUUGUUUCGCUCGUGUUCGCCUGAUGUACAUACGAUAUUGUUAUUGUUACUAUUAUUAUUAAACGAACAAUUGCA